UCUAAUAACUCGGACAGACAUCAUCGUUUUGAAAUUUCCACACACUGGAGAAGGUCAUCAGAUUGAAUUAGCCUUUUAAAAAACAAUUCCCUCAUUACCCGAUUCAAAAAUGACCUAAUCUAAAUCCUUGUUAAUCAACCAUACAUCCAAGUGACUUAUUCUCUGAGCCUCUCUCCAUCAUUGACUUCUGAAUAUGGUAAAUUGUCCAUGAAGUAAGUGAAGCUGUCUGUUGUGCAAUCUUCACUAAAAUACAUCAAUCUGCAGCCUUGAACCUUCCGGUGACGUCGUAGGCACUAUUGUCAUUCCACACAAAAACAGUCUGAAUACCCGAAGGUGAAAAGAAAUGAGUCUUACCUGCGCAAGUACUUAACCAAAGACCAGUGUCUGCUCUGUGGCUGCUCACAAUAGGAUGUGCUGUCAUUUGCUGCGUGCUUCCUGCUUCUCGGCUCCCAUAGGCUCGCCUUUCACUCUCAUCUGACAUAUAUUAGUCUUCACUCCCUGCUUUCAUCAGUCACUCCCCUGCGCAGAUGCUCUUUCCACUGGUUUCCCCUCAGCGUGUACGGUGAUGGUGCCCUGUCAACUGGAAGGGACUUGCAGCUUUCACACUAAAGAAUGAGAGACAUUCAGGGACUGGGGUUGUGUGGAUCUUUGGACUAAAGCAACAAGUCUUCAUGAGAGACACUGAAGGUGGAUUAGAGGCAGCCACAACCUUUACAAUGAAUGAGUCAACAGAGGUUCGAACAGAUGGCAAUUCUCUGCUGAAGGCUGUCUAUUUGAGUCGUCUACGUCUAACUCGGCUGCUCCUGGAAGGAGGGGCCUACAUAAAUGAGAGUAAUGAACAAGGCGAGACACCACUUAUGGUGGCCUGCAAAACUCGGCAUACAGAUUCACAGAGUGUUCCCAAACACAAGAUGGUUCGGUAUCUUCUGGAAAAUGGUGCUGAUCCAAACAUCCAAGACAAAACAGGAAAAACAGCUCUGAUGCAUGCAUGUCUUGAACAAGCUGGAGCUGAAAUUCUGUCACUCCUGUUGAGCAGUGGAGCUGAUCCAACUUUGGAAGAUCAUGCAGGCUUAUCAGCAUUGGUUUAUGCAGUCAAUUCAGGCAACAGGGGUGUCCUCAGGGUCCUACUGGAUGCCUGUAAAGCAAAGGGAAAGGAGGUUAUCAUCAUUACCACAAACAAACUGCCAUCUGGCCACCAAAUGACAAAGCAAUACCUCAAUGUCCCUCCACCUACGGACCUUGAGGAGCGGAUGCAUUACACCCCAGCAUCUUGUUGCUUGUCUCCAUAUGAGGUCCCACUGCGAUCUCCUUCACAGGGCUUCAUAGCAGGUGCUUCUUCCCAACCCAGUAGCCCCCUUCUUGGCCUCAGGGAUCCCCUGUGUUUAGGCUCAGGGCCUGGCCUGGUCACAUCUCGACCAGGUUCUCCAAUCCAACAUCCUAGUCCUUUACGUGUUCCUGGAGUGGAUAAGCGGCUUAGUCUCCAGAGGCUACACUCAGAGCAGUGGUCCAAAAGUCCUUCCCUGCUGCUCCAGCAGAGUCAGGCCUCCUCUCUGACAGAGGAGUCAGUGGAAAUUACACCUGAGGAGGAGUUGUCCUUCAGAGUCAAUGGCCUGGCCUUUCAUGGAAGACCUCCAGCUGUUUCACGCCACAACAGCAUCGAUGUCAAAGAUGCAACAGGGCUUCUGAAAGCACUAGAGAACAUGUCAGGAAAUGAGAAAAGGGGAGGAGGUGGAAGAAAAAGCUUUGGUAGAAAGAUGUCAUAUGACAGUGCUGCAAGUUCACCGCAUUCUGCAUCACACCCAAACUUGCAUCAUGACAGUCUCCCCUUUCCUCAUGGAUCAAGCCCUGUGGAUGAAGAUUCCUCAGACUGUCUCAGACAACUGAAUGUUUCCAGUCUGCAAAAUGUGUUCCGUCGGCGGAACAUUGGUAUUGACCACUACAGUUCUGACUCUCAGUUACCUCAGUUUGGCAGCCAAGACAAUAACUCCAAAAACAGUGGUGGAGCUGGAGUGGGACCAGAAAAGCACAAGCUGGUCAACAGCAGAUCUUCCACUCUGUCAGGGUCCAGGGAGUCCUUGGAGAGCACUGUCCAGAAACGAGGUGCUGCUGGGCUGGAGCGAAGAGGCUCAGGGGCUCUCCUUCUGGAUCACAUCGCCCACACUCGCCCUGGAUAUCUUCCUCCUCUGAAUCCCCAUGCUCCUAUACCAGAUAUUGGGGUCAGCUCUAAUUCUUCCUACCCUUUGAGUGGAAGUAGCAAGACACUGAAUGGUGUUCUUACAGGGUCAAAGCCUAUUUUACCCUGUGCACCUGUUUUCCCGAAGGAUCUAAAGUCCAAGAAAAUGCUUUGGAGACGCCACUCAAUGCAGAGUGAGCAGAUAAAACAGCUGGCCAACUUCGAGGAAACUUUUGGUCAUUAGAAUAAAAUAUUGCAAGUAUAAGGGAAAAAAUGCAUGUGCUCUUACCAGUGUCAUACAGUGCUGUAUUAUACCUAUGAUGCCAUUGCUGAUGCCAGCUCACAUGUGCUUUUAAGACUUGCUGGUCAUACAGUUUUGGAAUUCUGAGCCUGUGUUGAUGUACCGUUUUAAACUUCUCAUGACAGAAUUUCAUAUUGUCAUACAAGCAACAGGGACAGUUUGAGCUCUACGUAAUGAAACAUACAACAAAGUCUAAUUUAACUUUAGUGUGAAAUUCUGCAUUAUAAUUAGCUGAGAAAAUAAUUUAAAAAAAAUGUGGUAAGCACUUUUUCAGAAUUGCUACAUGAUUUGACCAAAACAUUCUUAACACAAGGUCUAAAUUACUUAUUUCCAGAGAUUUCAACAUCUCAUUUCCUUUUGCAGUGGAUGGAGUUGCUUAGUUAUCAUAGAGAUGGUUUUGUUUUAAUUUCAUAACCUAAAUACAGAAUUCUAGUCAAAUGAUAACAGGAGGUCCUCAGUGGAGUAGAGAUGGCAAACUGUCUUUCGCCAGAUAGUCAUUGGAUGUGAAUGUCCUCUUUGAUCUUUCACGGUUGUUCACUGACUGCUGGUUGAUAAUCCCUUUGAUAACUCUGCAUGGUCAUCUGUUGACGAGCUGCAGCGCAAUGCGUCCAGUG